CUUAGACCGAAACUGAAUAAAAUCCGACCGAUUGACACCCUAUCCCAAAUAUAGCGAAGAAUCUUGGUCGUGUUCGGUCCCGUUCCCCAUUUAUCUCAUGGCUACAGUGUCAUCUCCUUGAUCAUGAUGAGAUGUGUCUCUGGUCAAUAUUACAUCAUCCGGGCGUCCAUUGAAAAGGGUUCUCCUCAGAAGGCGCUACUGGACUACAAAGCGAUCCUCUUCUCCGGAACAAUCCAACCUGACCAUCGAACACUGUCGUCUAUCCUCGACGCCUGUAAGAUCUUACUGGAUCUUAGAUUUGCCACCAGUAUUCAUGCGAGAAUCAUCAAAACUGGUUUCCAACUGGACCCAUCUGUGUUAUCUUCUCUGGUUACAACCUAUGUUGCUAGUGAUUGCCUUGAUCGUGCCUAUAGAGUUCUUUAUGAAGCUCCGGAAUUAAGUACCGAUCCCCUGUUUGGGAAUUUAAUCAUCGAUGGUUGUACGAAGAGUGGAGAAUUUGAUAAUGCAAAUAGAGUGUUCAAGCAAAUGUCGCAGAGAGAUGUGGUUUCUUGGAACUUGAUGAUAGCUGGUGCUGUUAGAAAUGGUCGCCCAAAGGAGGCAUUGAGUGUAUUCCGUCAGAUGCUUGGCUUGAAUUUCAGACCAGAUGGCUUCACCUUCUCAUCAGUUCUCUCUGGUUGUGCCCGAACUGGAGCUCUCAACGAGGGCAAGAGGGUUCAUCAAUUGAUGAUGGAGAAUGGAAUUGAGCUCAAUUCUAUACUGAGUUCAGCCCUAAUAGACAUGUAUUCCAAAUGCGGAAGAAUCCAAUCUGCCAAGCAAGUUUUUGAGAGUGUUCAAAGGAACAAUGUAUCUGUUUGGAAUGCGAUGAUUACAGGGCUAGCGAUUCACGGGCUGGCUUUGGAUGCUAUGGCGUUGUUCUCUCGAAUGGAAGACGAAGGUGUUACACCUGACUCCAUCUCCUUCCUUGGAAUCUUGACUGGAUGUAGCCAUUGUGGCCUGGUCGAAGAAGGGCGCGAACACUUCGAUUUGAUGAGAAGCCAUUACUCGAUCGAACCGCAGCUUGAGCACUAUGGAGCAAUGGUUGAUCUAUUGGGUCGAGCUGGGUUUUUAGAAGAAGCAUAUAAGAUUAUAAAAGCGAUGCCGAUGCAGCCCGACAUGAUAACAUGGAGGGCACUGCUCGGUGCUUGUAGAACCCAUGGGAAUGCGAAGUUGGGUGAGGUUGCAGUAGAACAAAUGGCACAUCUCAAUAGUGGAGAUUGUGUGUUGCUUUCGAACAUCUACUCUGCUUCAAAGAGAUGGGAAAAUGCAGAGAGAGUGAGAGAUGAGAUGAAGAAGAUGGGGAUUAGAAAGAAGCGUGGAUUGAGUUGGGUGGAGGUGGGAGGUGUCGUCCACCAAUUUAAGGCAGGUGAUAGAUCACAUCCUGAAUCGAAUUCGUUACAUGAGAUGUUGGAAAGAUUGAGCCAGAGGAUUAAGAUGGAAGGGUUUGUUCCAAGGAGGGAUUUGGUUUUGAUGGAUGUUUCAGAGGAGGAAAAGGAGGGGAAUCUGAAUUUACACAGUGAGAAACUCGCGACGGUUUAUGGGAUUAUGAAGACGAGCCCUGGAACAGAAAUUCGAGUCUCGAAGAACCUUCGGACUUGUCAUGAUUGCCAUGGCUGGAUGAAAAUGGUUUCAAGAGUCUUGAAGAGGAUCAUAGUAAUGAGAGAUCGAAUUCGUUUUCAUCGUUUUGAAAAUGGUUCAUGUUCUUGUGGAGACUACUGGUAACUGGGAAUUGAGAGACAGCAUAUGAUCCUCAUUGCUAAGACUAUGCAACUCCAUCUCUGUCAAAUCCCACCAAAUUUGAUAGAAUUGCUGCUGGGAAGUUGGGAAAGUGAGCAAUGGUUAAUAUACCUUCUGCUUCUGAAGGGAUUAUUACCAUAUGUUGUUUGACUAAGCCCCAUGCUCGUCAAGGAUGGAGUUUACCCAACUCCUGUUCUUGAUAAUGAGGCAGAAACCCUCAACCCGACAUUAAUUAGUUUCGAAUGAAGAGUGAAGAGUGCCCUGCCCCAACAACCAAUGGCCCUACUACGACACAAAGUGUGUGUUAACUGAUAGUAGACCAACCAAGCAACGGAAUGAGCACGACGCGCAAAGCUAUUGCACAGUAGUUUGAUAGUUUGAUUGCUUUCCAACAAUCUUUGAUUUUGAAGUUGGUAAAGACCCACCUCUUGUUUCAGUCAGAAUGAGUCCCUGGGACCUGUGAUAUUGGCUUCCGCCAACAGUGAACUAGGGACUGGGGAGGUACACCCUUGGGGAUUGAAUUGGUGAGAGAGGAAUGCUUGAGACUAGGUAGGUGUAGGAAGUCACACCCUAGUAGGGUUUGGAGGUUGAAGAUGGUUGAGAAAGAAAAUAGAUUUUCAAUAUGUGGAAAUACAUUUUGGAAUUGAACUUAUUUCGUUUUGAAUGAUAAAUUUCAUAACUCGGUGACUACAUGCCUCUUUGUAAGAAAAGGCAAUAGAUCUGGACAAUUCAUAGAUCUGUAAAAAGGUGGAAAAGUGAAAAAGUGUAGCAUAGACCAUGCUCCAUUGAUUGGUUGUGGAAUAUGUUGGAGUAACUCCUGAUUUGAGAAAAAACUUCAUAUAUUUUGCACCCCUUGAUGGUUGUCAUAUGCAAUCUUUUCCAGCACUCCUUCGGCUUCCACCACUUCCCAAUUUAUAUAUAAUCAA